UUGGCUCAAACCUGCCUACGAGACCUAUGUGGUAAGCUUUUGUACAGUUGCAUGCGAAUUUGCACCUCGCGCCUCUCGAUGGAUCAGUCAUCAGUGAAGAAACUUGUUUCUUGCUUGGGAUACCCACGGGGAAUGUUAGCCAAAGGACAAUGUGAUGCAACAUGUUGAUGCAGCUCUACACCUACUGAAGCAUGCAGCAGUAAGGACAAAGGCCGACUUUCCAAAACCUUCACUGAAGCUGACCCUUUACUUGGAUGACUUGGUUGGAGGACGUCAUCAUGUUUCCUCUGAGAGAGGUGAGGCCCGCACUCUUCACUCCCAUGAAGCUGCUGUGCAGACAGACAAAGGUCCCUAUCUUUCGACGGUGGCUGGGACUGUUGCAAACAAUGUGGGGGGACAGAUGGAGCCCCUUCUCGUCUUGCUGAAACAAGCGCAGGAUCAUUCUGAGGCACUUGAACAAAGAUGCCACGACCUUGAGGCGAGGCAGUCUGUGUUUCAAGAGCGGGCGAUUCAAAUUUCUCCCAGACAUGUUGGCUGUCGUGCCGACAUUCCAGCUGAAGAUUCUAGGCUUGCAAGGGAGACUUUGAAAACCAACGGGGCCACCAGUCAGCCUUCCAUGCAUGUAGAUGUGCAGCCCGCAGCGGUUCGCAUAGACCCUUCAGAGCUCAAGCAAUUGAGAAGAGAAAGAAGACGACGUGAGCUUCUAGCAAUGGCGCUUGGUAGAUAUUUUGGCACAUUUUAGUUUCGACUUCUGCGGAUGAGCCCAUAUGUGGUUCUAUCUUGCUUAGGUUUGUGUACCAGUAGUACCGCACAAGGCGGUGGCGGAAGUUUCAAAAAUAGGAAACCUAUAGCCUAUAGGAGAAGUUGGUUGUUGUGAAU